CCACUACUUUCCUCUUCUGCACAGUCAACACCAAUAUUUAGUAGUUCUGACAGCAUUGAAUUCAUGAUGCACCCCACAUCUCACGCAAAUCACCUUCCCCCACCAGAGAUGACUUUUUAUAGGACAAAUGUCAUUGGCAGGGUUUUCAAGAAAAACCAUGGAUUUGAUCAAAAAUCUUACUUGGGGCUCAUUUUCUUCAUCUAUUUGAGACGUCCACAUCAGAAACGGACACAGCUUCCCGUGGUUUUUGUACAGGGAUUAUAGGUACCCUGUUUCAAUUUGGGCAGGGAAAUGGGAUUUAUAAUCUAAACGAGAUUUUGGUGGAUAUUUUUGGAAUCGGGAUGAUUUGGUGAGGGUAGGUACGCAGUAGCUUUGGUAAAGUCUAAGCUAUAAAUAGUUGGGGGUUGAACCCACGGUGAUAUUCCUCCUUGCAGUUAAAUUUGGCCUUGCGCUGUCCUUUUUUCUGAUGCGUCUGUUAUGUUGACGAUUUCUUCUUUCCCGCUGCAUGCUCCGUAGAUUUUUACGUAUAAAGGAGGAUGGGAAAAGAGGUGGAAAUGAUAAGUGGCCCAGCUGGCCCUGCUCAUUGGACGGCGAAAAUGGAAUUAGCGGAACGCCACAGGCGCUGCCAUUCACUGCUCCCUUUGUAUUUAAAUGCCGGCGUUAUUGACGGUCUACGUUGGAUAAGGGGGUAAAUAAGCAGAGGGAAAGACAGAGGCAGACGCAGACACGCACCACAAGAUAUAAUUGUGGUGGGAUGGAGGGAAUGUGCGUUUGUCUUGGUCAGAGCAGAGAAAUGGGAAUUGGGCAUUCUCUGCCCCGUCUGCCCUUACAUAACCGAACAGUCUUUAAAAAUGGGCUCCACGCCGGCACACCAUUUCCGUUGGGUGUUCUGGUUUAUCGCAUCACCGUGCGGUCAGAGUCAUGGCCAUGUUGCUGCAACGCAAAUAAUGGAUAACACAAUGUCCCUUUAUUUCCUCGUGCUUCCCUCCCCUAGUCUACUCUACUCUCCUUCACCCUGGGUUACCUUACCCGCGCAUUCCACAGAUCGCAAUCCUCGCCGACGUCCGCCUACCCAUGACCUUAAACACCUUGCCGCCCUUAAACAUAAUUACAAUUCCCAUUCUCUCCUGUGAGCAUAUACCCUGCUGCUGCUAUUGUUUCUAUCCUGUCACAAUUACGUUUCUCUUACCAGUCAAGCAUGUCUAAGAAGCGAGGAUUUGAAGGGGACACCGCUGCAGACGAGGAUAUGAGAAAACUGGCGGUGAAGCACGCAAGCCUCAAGCAGGACUACAAUGAAUUGCAGAGGGAAACUAGGGCGUUGAAAAAAAGAGUGCAAAGAGCAAAGCUGAAGAAGGAUAAUCUUAUGGCAGAAGUCAGAUUCUUGAGGCGCAGAUAUAGGCAUCUAACAAGACAACCAUCAGAGGUGCAAGUUAAUGUGGCGCCGUUUCAUAACCCUUCUGCAGCUGUUUUGUCAGUUAGAGGAGCUGAACGCAAUAAUGUGAUAAAUCCAAUACAAUCAUUACUUGCACAGCCUAUGGCUGCAAAAUACAAGAAUGCAACUAUGUAUACAUCCUUUGAAGAAGAGGCUGCAUGUCUGGCUUCAAGGAACCAACCUUACGGAUCAGCCACUUCUCCCCAUCCUUAUGAAAAUCCCCCGGUUGCAAGAGAGUUUCAGGUAUUCUGGGAGCCACUGAGGACGUCAGACCGACAAGAAGCUCCAUCACAUCAUGAAACUCCUAAAAGGAAAUCUGUUCUUGAAAAUGGUGGAUUAGUUGCUGAUCUGAACUUGUCAAUUUUUAAAGACAUCCCAAAUGUAUUUGUUCUACCUAACAGAGUCGGAAAACCAAAAGUUUCCUGGCAGGAUCAAAUGGCUUUGAAAGUGUAAUCGAAAGCCAGUAUUCUAUCAUUCUUUUUCAAUCAUUCAGGAAGAGAGAUUUUAAGUUGUCAAGUAAGCUUUUGUCUUUGAGGAGGAAUCCUGUGUAUAUGGCUCAUGGUCACCUCCAUCAUCGUUUUUGUCGAUUUACAAAGGAAGCUUUCUAAUAUAUUAUUAUUGAUUAUUCUCACCUGAGUAAUGUUAGCAGUAGUCAUUGCUAACAACCCCCUUGUAUUUAAAUCGCUAUCGAGCAAUGGAAAUUGAUUCUUAAUAAUCUUUGAA